CAUCUAAAGCCACUCAGCAGCAUCCAUCCACUCUCACUACUUACACAUCUCUGAAACCUCAGAUGCAACCUCUAAGCAAGUAGUGCACCCAUUUGGGUUACUCCCACAACUUUUUGCUCUCAGAAGAUCUUCAAGAUGGGGUCACUCAGUACGGCUGGAAGAGCCCACAUCCCGGCGCUGCCGGAAUCCUCAUGCACAUACUUGCUUCAAGAACUGAAGAUGAUAUGGGAUGAGGUUGGACAAGAAGAAAAUGAGAGGGAAAGAAUACUGGACGAGCUAGAGCAAGAGUGCCAGGAGGUUUACAGGAGAAAAGUAAAUAGCGCCAAUAUGUCUCGGAUUCAACUGCAUCAAGCAUUGGCUGAGUCUGAAGCAGAAUUUACCAAUCUACUUCUUUCUCUUGGAGAAAGAUCGUUCCCAGGCCGGCCUGAGAAAAUGAACGGCAGUCUGAAGGAGCAGCUGAAUUCCAUCACACCAGCCCUGCAAGAAAUGCAGAUGAGAAAAGAAGCCAGAUUAAAACAGUUCAUAGAGGUUCAAACUGAAGUACAGAGAAUUGCCUCUGAAAUAGCAGGACGCUCAGAGAAUGAAGAUGUCACCGUAAAUGAAGAAGAUUUGUCACUGAAGAAACUCGAGGACCACCAAAAUGAGCUUCAAAGGCUUAAAAGAGAAAAGGGUGAUCGCUUGUGCAAAGUGGAAGAGUAUAAAGUUCUGAUUUGUAAUUUCGCUAAAAUUAUGGGGAUGGAUCCUUCAAACGUCCUUGCUAAUGUUCACCCCAGCUUGCAAAACGGAGCAAGUGAACAACGAAAAAAGAACAUCAGUGAUGACAUCCUUAACAAGCUCAACACCAUGGUCCAGCACCUUAAAGAAGAAAAGAACCAGCGAAUGGAAAAGCUCCAUAAUCUUGGAAAAGCGUUGACAAACUUAUGGAAUAUUCUAGAUAUUACUAUGGAAGAACGCCAACCAUACGUGCAAUUCAAGAUAUUUUCACUGACUUCAGGAAAUGGUAUGUUAGGUCCUGGAAGCCUCGCACUUGAGAAAAUUGAGCAGAUUGAAUCAGAGGUUCAGCGACUAGAUGAGUUAAAAGCAAGCAAAAUGAAAGAGCUGUUCAUCAAAAAGAAAGCUGAGAUUGAGGAAAUUUGCAAGAUAUCCCACAUGGAUAUGCCUCACCGGUCAGAAAUUGACAACAUAGCCAGACAGAUUAUGUCAGGAGAUGUGGACCAUGAUAAUCUACUCAAGACAAUGGAUGGAUAUAUAUUCAAAACAAAAGAAGAUGCCACAAGUCGUAAGGAAAUAAUGGACAAAGUUGAAAAAUGGAUAACUUCAUGUGAUGAAGAACGAUGGCUAGAAGAGUAUAGCAGGGAUGAAAGAAGGUACUCAGUAAGCAGAGGAGCCCACAAGCACUUGAAACGCGCGGAACGUGCUAGAAUUAUAGCAAACAAAAUUCCAGGCUUGGUAGACCUUCUAAUGGCAAAGACACAGAUCUGGGAACAUGAGAGACAAAAGAUCUUCUACUACGACGAGCUUCCCCUUUUGGCAAUGCUGAAAGACUACAUGUUAACAAUGAAGGAAAGGGAAGAAGAGAGAUACAGGCAACGGGAGAAUAAAAAGGUACAGACUCAACUGGUAAAGAGGGAUGAAAAUUCAUUUAUAUCAAGGCCCAACACAAGCUGCAGCCGUCCAUCCAGCCGAGGCUUCAAUACCAGCCAGCGUUCUACAUCAUUUUCAAGCCGCAAAGUUUCUUCUUUAGAUCAACAACCUAUUUCGGAUGUUUCCUCGGCUGAAAAAGAUAUACAUAUAAUAAAAGUUAGGAACAGAAGUAUGCAGAGUACAUUCGGCAAUAACAGAAGCUCAAUCCGUGAAGAUAAAACAUCAGGAGCAUCCACAAAUCAAGGCCUUUCAUGAAUUUGAUUGUCCCCUUGUUUGUUGGUCUCAUUAGAUGUGGACAUAGCACUACUGCUCAAAGCUAUUGAAAAAUGAAUAGCAACAGAUUCAUAUGUAUUGAUGCCAUUCAUGUAUUUAUUAUUAUAUAACGCAGUAAACCUUCCUCCUUUUUAUCUGUUUGUGUGCCAA